GGUGGUGUUCCCAUGCAGUAAGGACACAUUAUCAGUUAAUGAUCAUUCUCUUCUUACCGGAUAAUGACACGCCUGCUGUUUCCUGUUUUCAGAACUGAGACUGAGAUUGUUUUAAACUCAUUGUUCAGUCAGUGACAGAAAAGAUCACAACCAUGGCGUUCUGUGUUCAGAUCAUUGCCUGCCGUAGACUGAUUCUGGCUCUUUUGUUGGCACCAAGUCUCGCUGAAUUCAUGACCAACAAUACUAACCUGUACCAAUUUAAUGCAACCAUGGAUCUAGGCUCCACAAUAGCACCAGGAUUCCAUCCUAAUCCUGUAUCAAAGCCUGAAUCCACAAUGGCAUAUACAGAGCAAGAAACUCUCACACCCAAUUUCAACAAUCCAGAGGGCAACGACACAGGAGCUUUGUUCCACAUUGAUUUGUUCGACAUAGCUUAUACAAUCUGCGGUGCAAGAUUUGAAGAACAGAUUCAGAGUAUUGGCUACCAGCAGUGGUGUAACUGGACGGUCAUAGCCAGCCUUUACAGUAACCUGACUGAUUGCUCGGAAAGGGUAAUGGAGCUUUGCAAUUCCUAUUGGCCAAAUGCAGUUGGUGAACAUUUAUUAAUUCUGAUGCAUACUCGGUACUUUAAGGAUUGCAACAUGGUGGAGAACCGAACUCUGAUUGACCCUCCCGAAAACAUUGUGCUGGGGCUGAUCAUCGCUCCAAUCUGUAUCAUUCCUAUCAUGGUGGCACUGGUGGUCUGGUGCAGCAAGAACACUGAAGCCAACACCAAAAAAUAAAGCAGCCCAUUCGUUCCAUCCAUUUUUAUAAUUCCUUUUAUCCACCCUGAACUCCUCUUAUCACAUCUCUUUUUUCAGUUCAACGUCAAAUCUGUUCAUAUUUCUCAUUAUUCCUCCCUGGAUCUAUGCUGCUUCCUGCUCUGCUACACUGCUCAGUUUUUGCACUUUCCCUCCAUCUCCUCAAACUCUCUGAAUCCUUCGGCACGUUUAACCACACCCUCCUCUCCAAGAACUCGCCGCCGUUCAGCAUCUGAAUGGGUCCUGCCCUCGGCUGCUUCCACUGUUAUGUAUCCAGUCGUAAGCAGAGAAAAUGAUGUAGUGGCUUCUCUUUCACUCCCACAGCAUUACAGCUGGCAGCAGGUCACCAUCCACAUUUAUACUGUCAACAUCCAGCUUGAUUUCACCAUCACCUCACUCAACCUCUCCACUGCCUUGGAGUUGUCACACUUAUAUUCCAAUCUCUGUUCUUGAAUGAGCUACAAUUUCCUCCAAUUGCUAAGACACCUACUUUCACCACAACACAUUCACCACAACCACCACCACCACCACAACCACAACCACCACCACCACCACCACAACCACCACAACCACAACUACCACAACCACCACUAACACAACCACAACCACAACCACAUCUAC